AUGGACACGCCUACACUCCCAGCCCUGGUCAUGGAUAAUGGCUCAGGAAACUGCCGAGCUGGUUUUGCCGGGACCGAUGUCCCCCAGAUCGUAUUCCCCUCUGUGGUGAGCAGUCCCAGGCUCCUCAGUGGAGGGGACAGAGCGGGUCACGGUCACAGCUAUGUGGGAAGUGAGGCCCAGCAGCAGAGAGACAUCCUAGCUCUGAGGUACCCCAUUGAAAGGGGCAUCAUCACUCACUGGGAGGGCUUGGAGCAAAUCUGGUGGCACUCGUACACUCUGCUCGGGGUCGUGCCUGGGGAACACCCUGUCCUGCUCACAGAACGUCCCUUGAACAUCUCGUGGAACAGGGAGAGGACAGCACAGAUCCUGUUUGAAACUUUUCACUCACCUUCCCUGGCUCUGGCCCAGCAGUCGGUCUUAGCUCUGUUGGCCUCGGGCCUCACCACGGGAUUAGUGAUGGAUUCCGGUGAUACGCUGACCAUCCCCGUGCCCGUCUCUGAAGGCUGGUCUUUGCCCCAGGGCAUUCUGUGGGUGUUAUUCUCUGGCCAUGACCUCACCAACUACCUGGCAAAGAUGCUGUCUGAGAAGGGUGGCACCCCCGUGGCUGACCCAGUCAUCAUGCAGGACAUCAAGGAGAAGCUGUGCUAUGUGGCCUGGGAUGUGGAGCAGGAGAAGAGCAGACCAGUCACCUCCUCUUCCUCCUACACUCUGCCAGAUGGUCAGGUCCUCACUCUGGGCAGGGAACGGUUUCUCUGCCCCGAAACUCUCUUUAAUCCCAUCCUAAUGGACUAUGAGUCCAGUGGGGUCCAUGAAAUUAUAUUCCAUGCCAUCAUGAAGUGUGACCCUGCUAUCCGUGGGACCCUGUUCUCCCACACUGUGCUGUGUGGGGGCAACACCCUGUUCCCAGGCACCAUGGGGCGGCUGCAGAAGGAGAUGGCUGAGCUGGUUCCCCACACGGCGGACGUCCAGAUCCUUGCUCUGCCAGAGCGGCAGCUGUCAGCCUGGUGUGGGGGAUCAGCCCUGGCUUCCCUCUCCUCCUUCGGGAAGAGGUGCAUCAGCAGGCAGGAGUAUGAGAAGACCGGGCCAGCCAUUGUCCACCAGAAGACCUACUAA